AUGACAGUCAUGAUUUUGAUACCUCAAUUAUUCGGUGGGUUGGGAUUAAAUCGCAAUGCGACUUCCCUGGAAGUCGGCGGGCUUCAGCAAAGCUACGUGAUUCCUGAAGCCUCCAGAAAGCUUCCGCCAUUGAAUUUCAUUCUCGGAUUUUCUAAGAAUCAAAUCUAUCAAGAUUUAGAAACGAAGGUCCGCUCAGUUUUCUACAAAGAAAAGAAAGAUCUUCUUCAGAGAUCUUACUUUACCCAAAAGGAUACGGAUCUAUUGGUAAGUCUAAUGCUCAGGGCCCUGACCCAAAUUCUCGAAACUGUUGCGGGUCAUGAGUUUCUUGAGACAAUAAGGGUUAAACUGAUGCUUCAAUUUAGGGAUGGAUUUUUGAAAGAACACUCAGUGCAACCGAAAUGUUGGACAGAGGAUAUAACUGCCUUGAAGAUUAGCAUAUAUGCUUAUGAACGAAUGCACAUAAGUGACUGGGACAGCCUGGCUCCCUGGGCAUUAGAUGAGCAUUUUCGCGAGUACAUCGGAAAAGUGGCUAAAUCGAUUUACAAGGACCUUAAAAAGCUCAAAUUCUGCUAUGAGACUACGUACCAAGGCGUAUGGUUAGUCUUCCAAAUCAGAUAUGAUUACGGGUUUCCUAGAGUCAGGGCAUGGAAAAAUUCCCUUCUCCUGGGGUUGGCAGGCUCUGUUGUCGGCGGUCUUAGCUCCUGGAACAUCGAGAAGAGUUAUGAAUUCAUUCAGAGGCAUUUUUAUACCUACGUGGUAGCAUUCUCUAUUCUCCUUGCUGUUCUUGUCCUCUUUCUCUUAAUGGCGUUCUCGACUGGUCGAAUCCUCUAUUUUGUGCGGACAUUCAAUGUACCGCUAAUGCAUUGUCAACGGGAGACAAACAUGAAAAUAAUUGAAGCGGCUAAGAAGAACUGGCCCGUGAAUAUUUUUGGAUCCUAUCCUACAUGGUUGUUCUGGAAAUUCUAUCAAGGGAUUCGCCAACCAUCCUUUAAGAUUGACCCAGAUGCACAAAAGUAG